CCAGCGGGCGCAUCUUCGUGGUGGACGCUUCUUCACCUACGUCAUGCGCACUGCCCUGUGGAAGUCUGGAGCAGCGGGCGCGUCUUCGGCUGCGCCGUGCGUCAUCUCCUGUGUCGUCGUACACGAGCGGCCGCAUCUUCGGCACUGGCGUUCGUCAUCAAAGUGGCGGUUUUCAGCAGCGGGCGUUUGUUUGGCAGUUGUGGCAGGCGUCUAGCUAUGGAGAGCACGGAGUUCUCGGAUAUCGACGUUCGCGGGCACGGGCAGGGUCUUCGGGAUGACGAAAUCGACGCGGUGGCGAUAACCGUGACUGCCAUCGUCGUGAACACGAUCCGCGAUGUGUCGUCCUCGUCACGCGACAUGUUGGCGGAGCUCCGCAAACGAAGAGCGUUGUUGCAGCGCAUUGGCGAAGCGCCAGAUUGCGUGGCCACGUGUCAGGCAGUCAUCCAGUUGUGCGUCGCGCUGUCUUCUGGCGUUUUCCCGCGGGAGACCCCGCGCUGGUGGGUUAAACGACGGACUGGCAGAACAUGGGAGGACCUCCGCCUGUGUGACGACGCAACGGACGAGUACUACCGUCAGAAGUUGCGCAUGUCGAUGGCCAUGUUCAAGCAGAUCGUGGCCGCGUGCGCCGAGUACGUGGAGAAGAAGGUGACGCACUAUAGGAUGCCAUUGCCGGUGGAGCAGGUCAUCGCGUUCGCGCUGUACAGGUUGGCGUCAGGAGAGACGUACAAGAGCGGCAUGUCUGCCUUUGGCAUCGGGAGAGCAACUGGACUGCAGGUCGUCCGCGACGUCACUUCGGCACUGCUGCAGGCGUACCCAGACGCAAUAAAGUGGUCAGUGGGCCGUAGACGCGCGCAGAUUCUGUGCGUUUUCCGUGACAAGGGUUUCCCCGACUGCUUCGGCGCAAUCGACUGCACACACAUCUUCAUUGACAAGCCCGCCGGCGCACCAUCUGCCAACUACAAUGACCGCAAACAGAAGUUUUCCGUGCAGGCGCAGGUGGUAGUGGAUUUAGAUCUGCGGAUCAUGGACGUCCACAUCGGAUACCCGGGAAGCGUGCACGACGUCCGUGUCCUGCACAAUUCCCAGCUGUGGAGGCGUGCACAAGUUGGCGAGUUGUUCGACGCACCUCCGGUUCCCUACACAAUUUACGAGGGUAUCCUGUUGAACACAGGGGAUGUGAAGGAAACCUUCCUUUUGAAUACACUGGUCGUAGGGGAUAAUAUCAUUCCAGUGAUGGGCCAGUAGUUUGUAAUAAGUUGAAGUUAUGUUGAAAAUGCGUAUAAAAACAGCCUCUCCUGUUGAAAGACUGUUUACAAACAGUUUACCAACUGCAUUAAAGAAAUGUAAAAAAACAAUUAUUCCUCCGCUACGAAUAGUCAUCACUCUUUACUACAAAAAAAAGGCACAAGAGAAGACUCCGUUUUGGUUGCUGCUCACUUUCGCAAAUUUAGCGGUGAAAAAAAUGAAUUACAUUUUAAUUU